AAUUAGCAUGAAUGAGAUCAUGAGGAGCGGAGGAGAGCUCCCAUUUCAUCCCAUUUCGGCGGAGGUGGUGUCCUUGCUGAGGCUGAGGCUGAGACAGUGCUCCAACCUCAAACACAUAGAGCAAGCUCAUGGAUUUAUGGUAGCCGGAGGCCUUCAUCAGGACAACCGAACACUUCCCCGACUCAUCCAGGCCUGCUCUUCUCUUGGCUUCUCAGAUUACGCCUAUUCCGUCUUCACCCGCACCCAUGGCCAGCCAAGCAUUUAUCUCUAUAACACCAUCAUCAAGGCCAAGGCUCUCUCUCCCUCUCCCUCCCACGCCAUCUCUCUUUACAACAGAAUCCAACUCGCCGCCUUGCGCCCUGACACCUACUCCUUCCCUUUUGUGCUCAAGGCCGUCGUUCGCUUGGUGCCACCUCAAGUUCAACGACUGGUGGGCGCACAGAUUCACUGUCAUAUCAUAGGAAUUGGCUUUGACAUGGAUGCAAGCGUCCUCACUGCCCUCAUUCAUAUGUAUUCCUCUUGUGGAUGUGUUUCCGACGCCCGCACACUGUUUGACGGAGCUGCUGCGUUUGCCUUUGCCUUUAGGGAUGUCGCCCUCUGGAACGCAAUGAUUGCAGGAUAUGCCAAGUCAGGUGAUGUCGACAAUGCCCGCCAUUUGUUCGAACUUAUGCCCCCUAGGAUUAGGAAUGUCAUUUCUUGGACUGCCCUGAUUGCCGGAUAUGCUCAGGUGAACCGCCCCCACGAGGCCAUCACAGUCUUCCGGAGAAUGCAGCUUGAGAAUGUUCAGCCUGAUGAGAUAUCCAUGUUAGCCGCACUCUCUGCUUGUGCCCAUUUGGGGGCUCUCCACUUGGGGGAGUGGAUCCAUAACUAUAUUGAGAAACAUGAAUUUCGUAAGCUGGUUUCUCUCAAUAACGCACUUAUCGACAUGUAUGCCAAGUCAGGCAACAUAACAAAAGCCCUUCAAGUUUUUGAAAAUACCAAAUGUAAAACUGUCGUAACUUGGACGACCAUGAUUGCUGGACUGGCUUUGCAUGGUCUCGGAAGAGAAGCCCUUGAAAUGUUUGCUCAAAUGGAAAUGGUUAAAAUCAAGCCUAAUGAUAUCACUUUCAUUGCCAUCCUUUCUGCUUGUAGCCAUGGUCGAUUGGUUGAAAUAGGCCAUUGGUAUUUUAGCAUCAUGGUUUCCAAGUAUAGGAUUAAACCCAAAAUUGUGCACUAUGGCUGCAUGAUAGAUCUACUCGCGCGUGCCGGUUAUCUUCAAGAGGCACACGAAUUGGUUAGACAGAUGCCAUUUGAAGCAAACGCAGCUAUAUGGGGUUCUCUUCUUGCCGCUUCUAAUAUUCAUGGGGAUGCGGAGCUUGGACAACAUGCUUUGCAACAUCUAAUAAUGCUAGAGCCCCAUAAUAGUGGAAAUUAUGCACUUUUGUCUAAUGUGUAUGGUUCUCUGGGUAGGUGGAAUGAAUCGGGCAUGCUAAGGAAAGUUAUGAGGGACACGGGUGUGAAGAAGACUCCAGGAAGGAGUUCCAUAGAAGUGAAUAACAGAGUUCAUGAAUUCAUUGCAGGAGACAAAUCCCACUUUGAAUGCACUAGGAUAUAUGAAGUCCUGUAUAAGAUUUUCAGGCACUUGAAGCUGGCUGGACAUCUGCAACAAGAUUUUGGGGAACUGCUUGAAUUUUCUGAAUAGCCAUUAGCCAGGAUUUGAUACUCCAAUUCUUCCAACGUCCAGUUUAACCAGAUCUGAAAUCUCCUUGGCAUCACUGUAUCUCUACCAGGGUUUCAUCAACAAGAAGGCCAUGUCUUAUUCCUUCUGCAGAGCUCUGAAAUAACGUGUCCAGAUCUUCCUUUUCACAUUCUUCCCCACGUAUUGUGGGAAUUUCACUUUCUCUUCAAAAGUUAAGUGUUCGGGUCCAGAUUUUCUUCUACUGCAAAUAGUAGGUCUCAUAAACCUUGGUACCUGCGAAGAGGGAGCUGCUGCA